AUGACUAUCGAUGACCGCCCAUAUCAGUCUGCCCGUAUAACAUGUCAGAAUCAAGUCUCCUCACCUCAGAAUCAUUGCGUGCUCGCGGGAGAGGGUCGUGGAAAGUCCCGUGGCGGUCUAGGAAAGUACCUCCGCGCGCACGAGGUCGUGGUCGAGUCGAUCUCGAUCCCUGAUUCCGAAGAAGCGAAAGAACUUCAACAGAAGUACGCACGACGACACCUUGGAUCUAACGCUGAUCGUUACUAUGCGGAGCCCGAGCGUGAGUUAGAUUCGGAUGGAGAGGAGAUUCGUGAGCCGGAAAUAGACCUUUCGUCGUUUCUUGCGAGACAGCGGUUAUCGGAUGUGCCAACUGUCGUUGCGGUGCCUCGAGUGAACUAG